GGAAUGGUGACCUCCAGUGGCAAGCUUUCCUUCAGGAGGUUCAAGAGGAGCUGGAAGAGAGCUACUGCGAUUUCUUGGAGUCGGGCGGCCAACAGACAGUCCGAAUCACCACCAAUGGUAUGGCUUACGACGUGAAUUUCGACUCCAUGACACAGCAGAACGUGAAGACUUCAAAGGUACGUUCAAUCCGACGAGUGCUAAAGCCAAAUGAAGCUGUGUUUCCGAUCUUGCAAGAAAAAGAGCUUCUUCUGAGUGAAUAUUCAGAGAGGAAUGCAUCGCUGACGAAAGAGGUCAUCGAAUUAAAGGAAGAAGUGGAAAGGCUGAAAACUUUAGCCAACGCCGCGAAGAACGAACAUGUGACCAAGAUGAGUGUCAUGGAAUCCUGGCGCAUGGAAAAGCAGCAGUCCCUUAGCAUCCGGCAGCCAAUUCCAAGUGGAGAUCCUGUGCAUUCCCAAAUUCAGAAUCUCUUGCGUCAAGCGUGUCCCCAGAGAACAACUUUGGGCACUGAAGGUGUCUUUGACUUUGGCUUGCAUGGUCAGGAUGGUCACUAUGCUGGCUGCCUGGCAGCCCGUCAAUUGGAGGUCCUGUCUGUAGAACAGGUCCACAAUGUGAAGUUAUGGAAGCAAUACGCCUUUCGGAAGGAAGAGAUCAAAAAAGAAAGCGAGACCGCUGGCAUUGGGACUGUUGUGGAGAGUGAGUUGCCUCCACUCGAUUGGAUUCAGCUCGACAAAAGUGUCAACGAGGUCGUCUUGCUACACGGGACCCAUUCCGACAAGAUCGACAUGAUCACCCAGUACGGCUUCGAUCAGCGAAUGGCGCGAGAGGGCGGCCUGUACGGCCAGGGGGUCUACUUCACGGACCAGUCUUGCAAGAGUGCCUAUGGCUAUCUGUGGUUCAAACUGGGUGAAUCCGGCAGCGGUUGGUUGCUGACUUAG